AUGGGUUCAUUCCCGGGGCACGUGCUACCAGGGACGUUAUUCCUUGUUGUGGGUGUAUGGCACAUGUGGUGCUCCAUAUCGAGGUAUUUAUCGAGCCCCGAGUCAUUUGAGGUCAGAGUGUGGAACCCGGUUUCGGGAUAUAAUGGCCGUCUCAAGUACUUGGAGCUAUAUGUCAUUGCAAUUGGAGGCUUUGUUGACCUCUUCAUAGAGCUUCUCUUUGCAACCGGUUUCAAGAUUUUUGUCCACGGGGUUUUGAACCCUUCUUAUAUGAACAACUUUGAGCACUCUGGAAUGCUUCUCAUGUUCUCCAUAUUCGGUGGAGUUGUCUUGCUUUCUGAGAAAACAAGGCUCCUCCCAUUGCCAAAAGAAGCCCUGUGCAUAAUAGCAUCAGCAGCAUUCACGGCCGAGUACCUUUUAUUCUAUUUCCACUCGACUACUCACAAGGGCCUUGAGGGGCACUACCACCUAAUACUCGUCCUCCUUAUCGGCCUCUGUAUAGUAUCAACUGUAGCAAGUGCCUUAAUGCCGACGAGCUUCUCGGCUGACUUAUCAAGUGGCAUUGCCAUAACUCUCCAAGGCUUGUGGUUCUAUCAGACGGCGUUCACACUAUACGGCCCAUUCAUGCCCGACGGUUGUGUGCUCGAGGCCGACCAUAUCAGUUGCCGGUCGAGUGAGCACGAGGUGCGAGGUGAGUUGCUGGCUAAUUUUCAGCUUUUCGUGCACGUUUUGUGCGUUCUUGGUGGGGCCGCAGGGGCAUGUGUGUAUGUGGGGCCUAGGUUCCGGCCAGUCGACUCCUAUAUUCUAGUUGUCUUAUUGUUCAUGUAA